ACAAAUAAAAAAUUGGAAGCAAUCCCAAUGCUUAGCCAAAACUGCUGGUUCUAAGCUGUUUGAUUACAUGUAGAAGCAAUAUGAGCACAAGCAUUAAGUCGAAUCCCAAGGCUAAUGCUAGGGUUUCCUCCCUCGUCACUCCCUUAUAUAAUCUCUUGUCGGACCAUUUCUUUCCCAUCAAUUCUUCAGCUCACAACACAAACUACAAUCAACAGAAGGAGAAGAGAAGCAUACAUAUUUGGCAGCCAGAAAUGGCGCCUACGAUUAAAAUGUCACAUAUUUUGGUGGCUGUUUUCGUCGUCCUUGUUUCGAUGGAAGCCGCCUUGGUUAUGGGGCAAGGCAAUGGAAACGGGAACGCAAAUGGCAAAAAAGCCGAUGAGGCUAAUUACGACGUGUUGACACCACUGGGAUCCGGGCAGGAGCGAGGGUUCUGCAAAGCAAAGGGGGCUUGCUAUUACAAGACCCUUACGUGCCCGUCGGAAUGCCCUCAGAGAAAGCCGAAGAAGAACAAGAAGAACAAGGGUUGUUUCAUUAACUGCGGUAGCAAGUGUGAAGCUACUUGCAAGUAUAGGAAAUCCAAGUGUGACGGAUAUGGCUCUCUGUGCUACGAUCCUAGGUUUGUUGGCGGUGACGGUGUGAUGUUCUACUUCCAUGGAGCCAAGGGGGGAAACUUUGCCAUUGUUUCAGACACCAACCUCCAAAUCAACGCACACUUCAUCGGGACUCGACCAACAGGAAGGACCCGGGAUUUCACAUGGGUUCAGGCUUUCGCAGUGAUGUUCGACUCUCACACCCUUGUCAUCGCAGCAAAGAGGGUCUCAAAGUGGGAUGACAAAGUUGAUGCUCUCAUGGUAAAGUGGGACGACAAAGUUGUUACCGUCCCCACUGAUGGAGAUGCUGAAUGGAGGACUAACGGCGAAGAUAGAGAGGUAGUAGUGGAAAGAACCGACGACACCAACUACGUUAGGGUUACAGUGGCCGGCCUCGUCGAAAUGGACAUAAGGGUUAGGCCUAUCGGAGAAAAGGAAAACAAGGUUCAUAACUACCAAAUACCAGCUGAUGACACAUUUGCUCACUUGGAGACACAGUUCAGGUUUACCAAUUUAUCCGAUCUUGUGGAGGGAGUUUUGGGCAAGACUUACCGGCCAGGUUACGUUAGUCCGGUCAAGGUCGGAGUCCCGAUGCCAAUGGCAGGCGGGGAGGACAAGUACGAGACUUCAUCCCUCUUUUCGCCUCUCUGCAAGGUUUGCAGGUUCCAAAAACAGCCUGAGCUUGCAGCUGCUGGAGGAAUUGCUCAGUACUGAUGCUGAUCAACAGUAACAAACACUUUAUUUGUGUAUUUUGUGUAAUUUGUUAGCAUUUCAAACAUGAAAUUAAGGAAUAAACAAAUAAGGGCUGCAAAUUAAGCUUUU